AUGGCUUCCCACACCUCCACCAUCACCACAGCAGCCGGGACAGCGUCCCUGGCAGAUCUGCCCAAAUCAAAUGUAUUCACCUCCAAACUGCCGGCCGACCCGGCAUUUGAGACUCCCGAGGCCUCGCACAAGGCCCCUCGGGAAGCGCUGGGACCCCGCAUGGUGAAGGGCGCGCUAUUCACGUAUGUUCGGCCGGAGCAGGUCGAGGAGCCGGAGCUGCUCGGAGUGAGUCCGAAGGCGAUGGCAGACUUGGGCCUCCAGCCCGGUGAGGAGCAAACCCCUGCCUUCCAGGCGUUGGUGGCGGGCAAUGAAUUCGCGUGGACGGAGGAGAAGGGAGGCAUUUACCCGUGGGCGCAAUGCUAUGGUGAAUCGUUCCUUCUCUUCAUUCUCAACAUGCGGAUGCAACUAACGGUGGGCAGUGGUUCGUGGGCGGGGCAGUUGGGAGAUGGUACCACGAAUCCGCAGACCAAGACCCGAUAUGAGUUGCAGCUGAAAGGGGCCGGAAAGACGCCCUAUUCGCGGUUUGCGGAUGGGAAGGCGGUCCUUCGAUCCAGCAUCCGGGAAUACAUCGUCUCUGAAGCUCUCAAUGCCCUGGGCGUUCCCACUACCCGUGCGCUGUCUCUCACCCUGCUGCCAAAGUCCAAGGUGCUGCGAGAGCGCAUAGAGCCCGGCGCGAUUGUGGCGCGAUUUGCCGAAAGUUGGCUGCGGAUUGGCACAUUCGACCUUCUUCGAGUGCGCGGAGAGCGAGAUCUGAUCCGCCAGCUCUCCACAUAUAUCGCCGAAGACGUCUUCGGCGGAUGGGAAACCCCUGCCCGCCGCGGCGUGGGCCGGGACGAGGUGCAGACCCAGGAAGGGGUGGACGAGAACCGGUUCGCGCGACUGUACCGCGAGAUCGCGCGGCGCAAUGCAAAGACUGUGGCGGCAUGGCAGGCGUAUGGAUUUAUGAACGGCGUGCUCAACACCGACAACACGUCGAUCUAUGGGCUGUCGCUGGAUUAUGGCCCCUUUGCAUUUAUGGACAACUUUGACCCGAUGUACACGCCGAACCACGACGACCACAUGCUGCGCUACUCCUACAAGAACCAGCCCAGCAUCAUUUGGUGGAACCUGGUCCGACUCGGCGAGUCUCUGGGGGAGCUAUUCGGCGCCGGAAACAAAGUGGACGACGAGAGCUUCAUCAAGGAUGGAGUAAGCGACGAGAUGGAGGCGGAGCUGAUCAAGCGCGCGGAGAACGUGAUUGAUCGGACGGGCGAUGAGUUUAAGGCGGUCUUCCUGAAUGAGUACAAGCGUCUGAUGUGCCAGCGCCUGGGGCUGAAGACGCAGAAGGAGUCUGAUUUUCAGGAGCUCUUCUCCGAGAUGUUGAACACGCUUGAAGCGCUAGAGCUAGACUUCAAUCACUUCUUCCGGCGGCUGUCCAGCCUGCCGCUCUCGGAACUGGAGACAGAGGAGAAACGGACUGCUGCGGCGUCGAUCUUCUUCCACGCUGAUGGAUUCGGUGGCAUUGGCUACACUGAGGAUUCGGCCCGAGCGCGAAUUGCCAAAUGGCUGGAUAACUGGCGAGCCCGUGUUCUGGAGGACUGGGGAAGUGAUGGUGACAGCGAGAGACAAGCUGCCAUGAAGGCUGUCAACCCUAACUUUGUCCCCCGAGGCUGGAUCCUGGACGAAGUUAUUGAGAAAGUGGAACGUAAGGGAGACCGUGAGAUCCUGGGACGAGUGAUGCAGAUGUGCCUGAACCCAUUCAAUGAGGAAUGGGGACUGAAUAAGGCGGAAGAAGAACGAUUCUGUGGCGACGUGCCCAAGUACAAGAGAGCCAUGAUGUGUAGCUGCAGCUCAUGA